AUGCCUCCAGUCCCGGACCACAUCGCGAGGAAGUUUAUAGGUGCUGUGGAGGAUGAGUGGCAGCUGUACAGUAACCACGCCUUGGACUACGAAAUAGGCUCUCCAAUUGGAUUUGGAGCCUCGUCCAUAGUGUAUGUGGCAAAAUUCCACCCCUCGGACGCCCCAGAGCCCAUCCCAUGCGCCAUUAAGGUCCUCGACCUCGACCGACUACCGCCCAGUGCUCUUCGCCUUCUGCAAAACGAGACGCAGCUCAUGUCAUUGUCGAAACACCCGAACGUGCUCCGUGUUCGUGGAACGUGGAUGGACGGCCACAAGCUCUAUAUCGCAAUGCGUUUGAUGAAAGCGGGCAGUGUGGCGGACGUAAUGCGAUAUGCCUGGCCGGGUGGUUUGGAGGAGGAAGUCAUCCGGUGCAUCCUCAAGCAGGCUUUGCAAGGACUCAAUUAUCUCCACAUCAAUGGACUCAUACACCGCGAUGUGAAGGCCGCCAAUCUGCUCAUCGACGACGAUGGCACGGUGCUCCUUGGGGAUCUUGGAGUGGCCGCGUUUCUCUGGGAUUCAGAGGGCUUGGCCGCCAACAAAGCUCGUGUUAUCAAUUUCGACUUAGCAGGGCGCGGACAUCAGCGCAGCGUCUCUGUGCCUGAUCCCGGGCGGCGUCCAUCUAUCCUCGGGAAGCGCAAGUCGUUCGUUGGCACGCCCUGCUGGAUGGCUCCGGAGGUCGUCAAAGGCAAGCAGUACGACGCGUCCGCGGACAUCUGGUCGUUUGGCAUCACCGCCCUCGAGCUCGCUCAGGGCCGAGCCCCGCGUUCCCGGAUGAACCCCAACCAGGUGUUGCUCUCAACGGUCCGGGAUUCUCCACCUCGACUGGAGCGAAACAACGGCCAAAACAAGUACUCAGCUGCCUUUGCGGAUGUGGUUGCCGCUUGCCUCGAGAAGGACCCCACGAAACGACCCGCCGCCUCAGACUUGCUGCAGCUUCCGUUCUUCAAGGGCGCUCGCCGACCGAGCUACCUAGUUAACGCCAUCCUGCGCAACCUGCCCGCGCUUACCAAGCGACAGGAGCGGAAAAAGCAGCCCUCCAUCCACACCCACGCAACGAUGGACAGUUGGGACUUUUCGGUCAGCACCCCCACGUCGCCAACGACUUCGGUGUACAGUCACAUGCGGCGGCCGCGCAGCAUCGUGCCCCAGGAAAGCGUCUUCGAGAUGGAGGACGGAGAGGAAGAGGUGCAGGCAAACGGACUCGUCCAGCCCGUUGAAGGCCCUGGUGACGAUGCUGAUGACGGCGACCAUGCUGGGAUCGACGGGCACAGUAAGGCGGAGGCGUACGCUGUCCGGAUUCGCGCGCGGCAGUGGGGCUCGUUCGGACGGCACAGCCGGUCGAGCUCGCACCAGUCCAUGCACUCGCUCAACUCUCACCACCAUCACCAUCACCACUCGCAUUCGCACUCGCAUUCGCACUCACACUCACACUCACACCAUCCUCACGCUCAUUCGCGACACCUAUCUCACGAGGAGCAGCUCCCGAUCUCACCAGCCAUCGAGGAAGUGGUAUCUUCCCCCGGUCCCGCCCAUGAAGGUCUCCCCGACGCCGAAAGCGAGCCGAGCGGCAUACCGGUGUCCAAGUCUCCCAAAGGCAAGGGCCUCAACAUGCUCAACGUGCCCCUCGCGAACACCGCGUCGUCGGUCUCUACCUCACCUUCUCCAUCCCCCUCGGUCCGCUCCUCCGCGUCAGCGGCGUCUUCCGCGGGCUCGCCGCUGACGCCGAUCACGCCGCUGUCGACCUCGCAGACGAGCGCAGGCAAGUCGCGCAAGCUGUGGCGCAAGCUGGCUGCGAAGCUCGAGGGCGAGUCGGACAAGGAGCGCGACGGCCCCGCCACGCACGCGCGGAAGCGGUCGUUCGGAAGCGUUCUGGGACGCCCCGCGAACCUCGUCCGGACGGCGAGCCGGUCGGUGGGCACUGGUGAGUGGCGUUUCGCCCUGUCCGAGCCGCGCGCUGACCUCCCCCGAUGGUUCACAGCCUCGAAGCAGGCCCGAUGA